UGCGCACUGCGCACCCAUUCUCCUCACAUAAGUCAGCCCUUUGUCACAGCUCCAUUGACUCCAAAUUUCCAAUUCUCUCCCUCUUUUCACCGCCCCCCCACCCCCCUCUCUCUAACCUCCCUCUCUCUUUUUUCAAAGUUUAUAUGCUUUCUCUCUCUCAAAUGCUCCAAAGGGAAUUUUUGCUUUUCGCUUUUAAUUCACCCGAUCAACAAGGAAUGUUUCAAAUUCUCUUCAAUCCUCACACGACACUGACCAUAUCCAAAAUGAAAUCAUUUGUUUCUCCUUCCCAACUUCUAAAUUCUCUCCUUCACUAAUACCCUCCAUACCCUUUUGUUUUUCUUCUUCAAUUUUCUUUUUAACAAGCACGCAUAGAUAUAACUAUAUAUAUAUAUAUAUAGACUUGCUUGUAUAUAUAGAGGACUUCUGGGUUUAGAAAAUUUCACAAAAAAAUGGACACAGUUGUUCUAGACAAUAUAAUCAAUCGACUUCUUCAAGUGAAAGGGAAACCCGGGAAGCAGGUUCCGCUAUCGGAGCCGGAGAUCAAGCAACUUUGUGUAGUUUCUAGAGAGAUUUUCCUGCAACAGCCCAAUUUAUUGGAGCUUGAGGCACCCAUCAAGAUUUGUGGUGACAUUCAUGGUCAAUAUUCUGAUCUUCUAAGGCUUUUCGAGUAUGGUGGAUUUCCUCCUCAAGCUACUUACUUAUUUUUGGGGGAUUACGUGGAUCGGGGCAAGCAGAGUCUAGAGACAAUAUGCCUUCUCCUUGCUUAUAAAAUAAAGUAUCCUAGAAAAUUUUUCCUCUUGAGGGGAAACCAUGAAUGCGCUUCAAUUAACCGUGUAUAUGGAUUUUAUGAUGAGUGUAAGAGAAGAUUCAAUGUUCGGUUAUGGAAGGUCUUCACAGAUUGCUUUAACUGCUUACCAGUUGCAGCCCUAAUUGAUGAGAAGAUUCUCUGCAUGCAUGGGGGUCUCUCUCCUGAGCUGCAUAGUUUGGACCAAAUUCGAAAUUUACAACGCCCAACUGAUGUACCUGAAUCUGGUUUGCUGUGUGAUCUUCUCUGGUCAGAUCCCAGUAAAGAUGUUCAAGGUUGGGGGAAUAAUGACCGCGGAGUUUCAUUUACAUUUGAUGCUGACAAGGUGACAGAGUUCCUACAAAAGCAUGACCUGGAUCUUAUUUGCCGUGCUCACCAGGUUGUAGAGGAUGGGUAUGAGUUCUUUGCUAAUCGACAACUCAUAACCAUAUUUUCAGCACCCAAUUAUUGUGGGGAGUUUGACAAUGCUGGUGCUAUGAUGAGUGUUGAUGAUACUCUGAUGUGCUCUUUUCAAAUAUUAAAACCUGCAGAAAAGAAGUCAAAGUUCAAUUUUGGGAGCACAGCUACUGCUAAGCCUGGAAACCUUCCCGCAGGAGUCGAUGUAUUCGGAAGCACUACUACAACUAAACCAAGAAAUUUUCCAACAGGAGUCAAGUCCUUCCUUGGAGCAAAAGUCUGAGGACUUGGUUUGUGAAAGGUGCCACAUCUCAGUUUGUUCGUGAACUAGCCAAAGUGGCCAUUGAAAGAAAUUCAAGUUCUGUUGAAUUCCUGUAUGUGAUGAUGAAAUUGUGAGAAGGUUUGGAAAAAAAAAAAAAAAUAGCAUCAGGGAAAUGCUAUGAUUACUUUUCGUCCAUAAAAAGCUGGGUUUAAUGAACGGGGAGUAAUAUCUUCGUCUCUCUCCUUGUACAAUAUUGUCACAGCUGCUAUGAAUUAUUAGUGUGCACUUAGUAUCUCCUCAUGUCUGCCCUUCUACUGAAAAGAAUAAAAAAGAAGGGGGAAAAAAAAAAUCUCAGGCCGUAUUUUACGGUCUAGGUACACCAAAACGAAGUAGCUAACAUUUUCUGCUUGAAUUUGUACUCUCUAAAGCUAUUUUUCACUAAUGAAUCAAGACAAUUUACUGGGGAUAA